AUGAACCUAAAGAUGAGACGUCUGUCCAGGAAGAAAGCUCUGAGCCUGGUGAAGGAGCUGGACGCCUUCCCGAAAGUGUCGGAGAGCUACGUGGAGACAUCGGCAUCCGGAGGAACAGUGUCCCUCAUAGCCUUCAGUGCCAUGGCACUUCUGGCCGUCUUUGAGUUCUUUGUUUAUCAAGAUACUUGGAUGAAGUACGAGUAUGCGGUUGACAAGGAUUUUUCAAGUAAACUACGGAUAAACGUCGACAUUACGGUGGCCAUGACCUGCCAGCAUGUGGGCGCCGACAUUCUGGACCUGGCUGAGACAAUGAUCACGUCCAACGGGCUGCAGUACGAGCCUGUCAUUUUUGACCUGAGCCCACAACAGAGAGCUUGGCAAAGGACAUUGCAUCUCAUCCAGAGCAGGCUGAGGGAGGAACAUGCGCUACAGGAAGUCCUGUACAAAGCGCUGCUGAGAGGAGCUCCUACCGCUCUGCCUCCACGAGAGGAUGACCCAACGGAGCCACUCAACGCCUGCAGGAUUCAUGGACACGUCUACGUUAAUAAAGUGGCUGGAAACCUACACAUCACAGUUGGAAAGCCGAUUUACCAUCCUCAAGGCCAUGCGCACAUUGCAGCUUUUGUGAGCCACGAAUUGUAUAACUUUUCCCACAGAAUAGACCAUUUGUCUUUUGGCGAGGUGAUACCAGGCAUCAUCAAUCCUCUGGACGGCACGGAGAAAAUCACUUUCAACAAUAACCAGAUGUUCCAGUACUUCCUCACAGUGGUGCCCACCAGACUGAACACCUACAAGAUUUCUGCCAGCACUCACCAGUUCUCUGUGACCGAGCGGGAGCGGGCGAUAAACCACGCGGCCGGCAGCCACGGCGUCUCUGGCAUUUUCGUUAAAUAUGACACCAGCUCUCUGAUGGUGACGGUCAGCGAGCAGCACAUGCCGCUGUGGCAGUUCCUGGUGAGACUCUGCGGCAUAGUCGGGGGGAUAUUCUCCACAACAGGCAACGCUUUCUUUUUCUUUUUUUUCAAAGGCAUGAUUCACGGCUUUGUCGGCUUCUGCUUUGACAUCGUCUGCUGUCGCUUCAGACUGGGAGCCUACAGGCCCCGGGAGGACGCGCAGCCACACAACCAGAUGAACAAUGUGAGCAACCACCUGACCCCUCUGCUGGCUGAGGAUGCACCCAAUGAGUAG